AUGGAGAACGUCUUCACCGUGAAUGAUGUCAUUUUGAAUCGACGAGGCUCAUACAUCUUGGGCACCUUGAUUCUCUCCUCGUUCCAUCUAGUGUUCACGUUUACAACACCAGCGUCACCAACAGGGAAACCGCCCCAGCAGAAGGAGAUCUGGAUAUGUUAUCCCAUAGUUGAACGCAUAUCGAAAGCAAGGGGAUCAACGUGGCUCCAUAAUAACCCGGCAAAUGACAAUGGGCCAGGGUUGGAUCGUCGACAAUCCGCUAUUAGUGCCACCUCGGGCAACAUGGCGAGUUCAUCCAGAGGCAACUCACCUUCGCCGCAGAUUGAUGGGUUUGAUAAUUACGGUGCAUCGCAUGUGCGGUUACAAUGUAAAGACUUUACUUAUUUUUCGUUUGAUUUCAAAAAUGACUUGAUCUGCUGUGAGGUUUUCAACAAGAUGAGUUCGUUGAUCACUAGAAGCAAGACUGAAAAUAGCAUCAAGCAUUUGUAUGCUUACUCAUAUGUCCCCAAUAGCAUGGAACAGAACCUCGAUGUCAAAGGAUGGGAUUUGUAUGACCCAGUGGAAGAAUAUGACCGAUUGGGGCUAUUGCCGAAAGAUGACGAAAAAAAAUUUUGGAGGUUGUCUAAUCUCAAUGAAGAUUACAAAUUUUGCCCUUCGUAUCCUCGGUAUAUGAUUGUGCCCGGUUCAAUUUCAGACAAUGUUUUGAAACACGCGGGUAAGUUCCGCUCGAAACAGCGGAUCCCCGCCGUGGUCUACAAACACAAGGGCAAUCUAAAUGGCAAUGUUAUCGCUCGGUGUGCCCAGCCUCUCGUGGGGUUGAACUUGCAAAAUCGGUCUAUUCAAGAUGAAAAAUUGAUUGGCGAGAUUUUCCAUUCUCAGGAGUUGGAACGAGCUUCCAAAUUGCAACUUUUGGAAAAAGGAGAUGACAUGGGAGCUGAUUGCAAUUUUGAAAUCCAAGCGCGGCAGCCGCAACGCAACUUGAUUGUUGAUUUGAGACCCGUCACCAAUGCCAUGGCUCAACAUGCCUUGGGGGCCGGGACGGAAAAUGUGGAAAACUACAAGAACAAAAAGCCUCACAAGGAUGAUCAUCUCUACCUGCACCAGAAUGAACAAUCUUCCGCGAUUCAAUUUUCAAAGAAUUCCCGUCAAGUUGACAAGAUUUUCUGCAAUAUUGACAAUAUUCAUGUUAUUAGAGAUUCUUUAAACAAGUUGACUACUAUAUUAAAUGAUUUAGAUAAGUACCUGCUGCCGCCUUCAUCUGCACAGGGAAACAACAACUCCCCUACUAAUAAUAAUAGCAUUAACAACAACAAUCAUGAUAAUAAUAAUGGUGGUGGUAGUACUACCACAUCAUCAUCAUCACCAUCAUAUAACACCGCUAUAUCGGUAUCAUUGCAACAGGCACUAAGUAAAACUCAGUGGUUACAUCGAAUUUCAAUAAUCUUACAAUCGGUUGACCGCAUUGUCAAGUCGAUACAUCUAAACAACACCAAUGUCAUCAUACAUUGUUCCGAUGGAUGGGACCGGACUUCUCAAGUAUCGGCAUUGGCUCAACUUUGCCUCGAUCCAUUCUACAGAACCACUCGGGGGUUUAUGAUUUUGAUUGAAAAGGACUGGAUGAGUUUUGGCUUCAAGUUCAAGACUCGAGCUGACCAUGGAGGUUGUAUUGGAGCCACCAUGAGAAAAGAGCACCGCAGCAGCUCGCGCAACAGAAACGGCACUGGCACUGAUGCUGGUCAAGUCUCAGAAGCGUCAUCGGAAUCGUUGCUGGUGCUGGAAAAUAGACCAGUUUCGGAAUUCUCAAGCAACGCCGCGGCAAGUGUAUCGUCAUUUUUCCACAAGGCUGCUCGAGCAGCAAGAGAUUUGAAAAAUAGUGCCCAGGGAGGAUUGACCAACUACCCGAUGGAAGAUAACGCCGAGUUCAUCUCGGAGCUGCCCUCGAACAAAACUGCCCUGAUUUCAUUUGCUUCAUCCUCGUCUUCGUCUGCACCAUCAUCAUCGAGCACCUACGGUGGAAGCAGUGAACGGUCGCCCGUGUUUCAUCAAUUCCUCGAUUGCAUUUAUCAAAUCCAACGGCAAAAACCCACGGCAUUUGAAUUCAAUAGCCGGUUUUUGAAACGGCUAUUAUAUCAUUAUUAUUCCUGUCAAUACGGCUCGUUCUUGUGUGACUCCGAGCGGGAAUCGCAACAAGUUUUCAAAGUUGACGAGUCUACCGUGUCGGUCUGGGAUUACUUCAACUCUAGACCUCAGGAAUUCAAGAAUAUGGCUUACGAUCCGCAAGAUGAAGAGGUGAUUUUCUUCAAUUCUGCUGAUGUCAAAUGGUGGUUUGAAUUGUACGGGCGGAGCGAUGAGGAAAUGAAUGGGUUAUCGAAUUCUCUAGACCGCAAAUUUGCCCAGAUGACCAUCAAAUGA